UUGAUUCAACACUCCAUCCAUUGUAACCAUUACUUGGUUGACGGACGUAUCUCAUCCCAAGUUUUCUUUAUAGUUCAAUUUAAUAGUAAUACAUUUUAUAUUUUCAUUAAAAAUGCCGUUAGAAAAUCUUGAAGAGGAGGGUUUGGAAAAGAAUCCGAAGCUAGAGCUAGCGCAAAUUAAAUUUUUGCUAAGUUUACCUGAACACAAGAACGAUGCAGCUUUGAAAACUAAACUUCUUGAUGCCAUCAAAGCCGACAACAUGGCGCCGUUUUAUGAAGAGGUAUGUCGAGAUUUGGGUUGGCCUGUCGAUGAGGCUCUGUUGUCUAAAAUGAAAGCCCGAAAUGAGGAACAAUUGAAAGAACUGGAUGGCGUUAUCGAAGACGCAGAGCAGAAUUUGGGUGAGAUGGAGGUCCGUGAAGCAAACCUAAAGAAAUCGGAACAUCUUUGUCGAAUUGGAGACAAAGAUGGAGCUAUUUCCGCUUUUAGAAAAACCUACGAUAAAACCGUAUCUUUAGGUCACAGAUUAGAUAUUGUUUUCCAUAACAUAAGAAUUGGUCUUUUUUAUCUGGACCAUGAUCACAUUACGAGAAACAUAGAAAAAGCUGAAAGUCUGAUCGAAGAAGGCGGAGACUGGGACAGGAGAAAUCGAUUAAAGGUAUAUCAAGGAACUUAUUGCAUAGCAGUUCGUGAUUUUAAACAAGCUGCAAAUUUCUUCUUGGACACGAUUAGUACCUUCACCAGUUACGAACUGAUGGAUUACAACACUUUUGUCAGAUACACGGUUUACAUGAGUAUGAUAAGUUUGCCGAGAAACGAGCUGCGAGACAAAAUCAUCAAAGGCUCGGAAAUUCUCGAGGUUCUUCAUAGUAAUCCAGAUGUCAAAGAAUACCUAUUUUCCUUGUACAAUUGUCAUUAUACCGAUUUCUUCAAAAAUCUUGCACAUGUGGAAGGUUUAUUACGCAGAGAUUAUCUAGUUUUUCCACAUUAUCGUUAUUACGUUCGAGAGAUGCGAAUUCUUGCGUACACCCAACUCCUGGAAUCGUAUAGAUCGCUAACUUUGCAAUAUAUGGCGGAUGCUUUUGGUGUUAAAAUAGAAUACGUCGACCAGGAACUUUCGCGUUUCAUAGCUGCAGGUCGAUUGCACUGUAAAGUUGAUCGGGUGGGCGGAGUCGUUGAAACGAACAGACCUGACAGCAAAAAUUGGCAGUAUCAGGCGAUGGUUAAACAAGGAGACUUGCUACUCAACAGAGUUCAAAAAUUGUCUCGUGUUAUUAACAUUUGAAUUCUGAAAAGUCUUAUUCUAAGAUUAAACAAGUGCGAUCGAUACACUGUCUAUUUUCAAGUGUCUACGACUUUUUAAACGUAAGUGCAAGACUAAAGAUUUAACACAUUGCAGCUUUCUGCUUAUCCUUCACAUGUAUGUGUUAAUGUACAACGUAAUAUUAUUACAAUUUUUUAAGAUAAAUUUAUUGAUUGCAAUAAUA